AUGGCUUCUCGCCCACGUCGUGCAGCUGCCCAGAGGGCAAACACCGCAAUUACUGACAUGGUCGAUAGCGACAAUCAUAUCAACAGUCGUACCGGUAGAACCAUGUCAUCCAGGUCUUCUCGCCGUUUCGAGGGUAAGAGCGUCGCCGUAUCCGUCUCGCGCGGCCCUCCCUCAUCACCCUUAGAUUCUAACCAUCAUGUUCUUGUUACAGUUAAGCUACCGGCUAGUAAGCUUCGCCAGGCUACCUCAUCUGGAACAAAGCGUGGCAGUCAAUCUACUCCGCAACAGCCUGAAGCAAAGAGAAGCCGAACUCAAAAGAAGAGUUAUGUCGUUGAAAGCAGCGACGACGACGAUGAUGAGGCUGAAGAUGAAGUUCAGGUUGAGGAGGAAGAUGAGGACGAUGACGAUGAUGAUGCCGAAGGGGACGAUGACGAAGAUGAUAUCGAUAUGGGCGAAGAAGACGCCGAAGGUGAAAUCAUAGUUGACGACACUAUGGAUAUCGACGCCGAGGACGACGAUGAAGAGGAUGCCGAGGGUGAAGAUGAUGACAUGGAUGUCGAUACCAUUCCCCCGCCAGCCCCAGUCAUAAAAGUAUCAAAGCCAUCAUCUAAGAGCGCCUCUGCUAGUAAGUCCAAGGCAUCAGCUAAGGCCCAUCCGAAGGUUGCUGCAGCUCAGGUUAAGGACAGCGAUGAUGAGCUGAGCGAGCUUGAAAGUGAAGCGGAUGAAAUCCAGGACACCGUUAAAGUCGGAGGAGGCGAUGAAGAAGAUGCCGAAGGUGAAGACGAGGAGAUUGAAGCCGCAAAUCCCGCAGAGGAUGAUGACGACGAUGCUGGUAGUGACCGGGGUGGCGAGAGCCGAGCAGACACUCCUGACCUUACACGAAUGACCAAACGACAGCGCGCUCGUUUCGAAGAGAAUGGAGAUGCAUUGAUGAAGCUUUCCGAUGAGGUGCAAGCAAAGAAGCACUUCACAGCUGAAGAGCUUUCUAUGCGUCGUGCUGAGAUGGCCCGACGACGACGCAACCUUAGUGAGAAGCGAAACGAGGAAGUCAAGAUGGAAACUAUCAACAAACUCCUCAAGAAACAAGCACCAAAGACAAAGGGAAAAAAUCACGCAGGAGAUCAAACUCCUGAUGGUGAGCACAACAGGGCCAAUCCUGUCUUUACAAGAUGGAUCAGCACAAAGGAGGGUAGUCGAGUGGCUGUCCCCCACGAGAUGCUCAACGGUCCCAUAGGCAGAGUCUUCGUAACGGGAGGCCUUGGACGUGGAAAGAUGGUGGAAGAGGUGUCAUAG